AUGACAUUUACCUCUAGAACGAAUAAUAUUCCAUCGUGCCGAGGAAGUGAAAAUAAUCACAAUUAAAAAUGUCCUCGCAAAUGUCUGCGAUUGAUUUACUUAAAUUAGGCGAUGAUUGCAGAGAAAAACCAUUACUGAACAAAUACUGGCCAGAAAUACUAGGUGUAGGCUUUGGAAUUGCAACAGGAGUCUUCAUAAAUUUUGGCACGAGACGUCCAGUCUUUAGCGGAAUACAAAAACACAUUCUCGGCGUGGCGGGUUGGGUUACUGUGUUGAGUUUGGCCCAGAAGAGGCGUGAUGCUUAUUUCGCUGAAAGAGACGCGGUGUACAGGCAUUACAUUGAGCUUCACCCUGAAGACUUCCCCGUCCCAGAGAGAAAGAAGAUUGGAGAUAUUCUGGAGCCAUGGAUCCCAAUUCGCUAAUUCUAUUUGACCAUCCAAUUAAGUUAUAGCUACUGAAAACUCUAGUGCAAAUAAAACUACUGUUAAUUUAAA